GCCCCAUGGCGUUUAUAUACCGGCUGUUUAUCCCCAUGUCAACCACCACCAUCCGUCUCUGUGACCACUGUAUAGUAGCGCAACAUGGCUGACGAUAACCGCGACGAAGGGAUUUAUGUGGAGGAGGAGGAAGAAGAGGAGAUUGAUGAGUCGGCGUACAAGUCCGUGAAAGAUGCCGUUCUGUUUGCAAUCGAAGUCAGCGACUCUAUGCUUGCGCCCCGCGCCUCUUCAGACCCCAAGCAGCCCACCGAGGAAUCACCUACGACCGCAGCCCUGAAAUGCGCGUACCACUUGAUGCAGCAGCGCAUUAUCUCCAACCCGCAUGAUAUGAUAGGAGUCUUGCUAUACGGGACAAAGGCAUCUAAGUUCUAUGACGAGGAUGAGAAUAGCCGGGGAGGUCUCUCAUACCCACACUGCUACCUCUUCACGGAUCUAGACGUUCCAUCAGCGCGGGAAGUCAAGGAUCUGCGAGCACUGGCUGAGGGCGAAGACGAGGCUAGAGAUAUACUUGCGCCAUCGACGGAGCAAGUCUCUAUGGCCAACGUAUUGUUCUGUGCAAACCAGAUAUUCACCUCCAAGGCUCCUAACUUCCUAUCUAGACGGUUGUUCAUAGUGACGGACAAUGACAACCCCCAUAGCGACAGCAAGUCUCUGCGGUCUGCUGCGACGGUCCGUGCAAAGGACUUAUACGACCUCGGGGUUACUAUCGAACUCUUUCCGAUUUCUCCUUCGGAGCAAGAGUUCGACAGUUCCAAAUUCUAUGACGAUAUCAUCUACAAGGCUUCUCCUACGGACCCAGAAGCUCCUGCUUACCUUAAACCCGACACGAAAACCGAAACGGCAGGGGCAGAUGGGAUCACGCUCCUCAACUCUCUUCUGUCGAGUAUCAACUCUAGAUCAGUUCCUCGCCGUGCAGCGUUCUCUAAUAUCCCCUUCGAAAUUGGACCUGGCUUUAAAAUAUCCGUGAACGGCUAUUUGCUCUUCAAACGCCAAGAACCGCACAGAAGCUGCUAUGUCUGGCUUGGGGGCGAAGAGCCUCAGAUUGCCCAGGGAACCUCGACUCGAAUUGCAGAUGAUACCGCACGCACGGUCGAGAAGCAAGAGAUCCGCAAGGCAUACAAAUUCGGAGGCGAACAAGUCACAUUCACACCUGAAGAGCAGUUGACACUGCGGAACUUUGGUGACCCAGUCAUCCGUAUCAUCGGCUUCAAAUCUCUUUCAGCGCUGCCAUUCUGGGCCAACGUGAAGCACCCGACAUUCAUCUACCCGUCGGAAGAAGACUUUGUAGGCUCGACACGAGUCUUCUCUGCUUUGCACCAGAAGCUUUUCCGGGAUAAGAAGGUUGCGCUAGUCUGGUUCAUUCCUCGAAAGAACGCAGCGCCCGUUCUUGGUGCGAUGAUGGCUGGUGAGGAAAAGCUAGACGAGACCGACGUGCAGAAAUUCCCGCCGGGAAUGUGGAUUAUCCCUAUUCCUUACGCAGAUGACGUUAGACAGAACCCAGAGACGGCCAUGCAGGUGGCGCCAGUGUCGCUGAUUGACAAGAUGCGUGUGGUCAUCCAGCAGCUGCAGCUCCCGAAGGCAGUCUACGAGCCACUCAAAUAUCCCAAUCCAUCUCUCCAAUGGCACUAUCGUAUCUUGCAAGCACUUGCUCUGGACGAAGACCUCCCUGAAAAGCCCGAGGACAAAACGAAACCGAAAGCCAAACAAAUAGACAAGCGCGCUGGCGAAUAUAUUGAAGCAUGGGAGAACGAAUACGCAGAACUAGCCGCUGCUUUUCCCGCCAAAACAACACUUGUGAAGCGAGGCGCAAAGGGGGCAGAAGAUGGCCACGCGACGAAGAAAGCGAAAGUAGACGCUGGACCCAAGGGCUCUGAGGAUGAGGUCCGGAAGCACUAUGAGAAGGGAACCAUAGCCAAGCUCACCCUGCCAAUCCUGAAGGAAUUCCUCACCAACCAUGGUCGCUCUACUGCGGGGAAGAAGGUGGAUCUCGUUGACCGAGUCGAAGAAUACUUCGAGAAGAAGGCGUAAUGGCUGUAAUUUGGCUUUGCUAUAAUGAGCAAUGUAUUUUCAGGAUUUUAUCGUGACGAGUAAUGACAUUGAUUAAGGCAAGAAGACGCAACCUC